GAAUCAACGAAAGAAAUACAAAAAGCUGUAAAUUAAGUAUAGCAAACGGGGUUUAACAAAUUUGUGAGGAAUUUUCAUGGAAAUACAGGUUUUUUAGAUUAAACAUAAUGUCAAAUGGAUCUGGUUCUGCUGAGAAUGUAAGAUUUAUGUCAUUUAAAUGUCCUGACACUUCUGCUUUGAGUAAAACGUCCAGAGGACAUAGUGAGAGACAGCCAAGCACUUAUGUUUUGAUCCUCAAUAAAGAUGCAGAAAACCAGGCUUCAAAUGGUAGUUCGUCACAACAUCCAGGUCAGCAAAGACAAGGAGCACAAGAUGCAAUCAAUGUCUUGAAGAAUAAAUCAAAAUCAAGAGUAACAUUUUCUUCAAAUGAUAGUUUGAAGCUUAAUUUGACUAAUGGAUUUGAUGACUAUGACAGUUCUAGUUCUUCCCAGAAAGUGUUUAAAGAUGAUGCAGAGGAAGCAAAAGAUGAAGGGUUUGGAGAAGCAACCAAAGUAAUUAGAUUGAAAAUACCCAGUUCCCUGCAGAAAGCAAUGCAAAUAAGUCAGAGACUAAAUGCACAAAGACUGUUAGCUGAGACUUCCACCACACAACAGAGUGCAAUAAAAGAGCAGAAAAAUUCAACAACCAAGUCUUCUUCUCUUGUAGAAUCAGGAUACUUAUCAGCUAAUAGUAGCUGCUUAUCAAAAGAAUCCUUUGAGACCCCUAAUUCUGUUUUUCUGCCUGCAAAUCAUCAAACUGCAAGAAAAAUUUUCUACAAAUCAUCUACCAACUUGUCAGAAGGAAAAAGCCUUCACCAUAGCCCUUCAUAUCUCAAGCCAUCACCUAUAUCAUCACUGUCCUCGGGAUUACAAAAUGUUGCUGUUUUUCAGUCAUCACCGUCAUUUUCACCCUCACCAGGAGGAGUUCAAAGUUCACAGAGUUUACAGAGAACGUCUACACCAAAAUCAGGGUAUGUGGUGGAAUCAAAAGAUGGUCAGAAAUUUGUUUUACCUGUUGAUCCUCAGCAGACAAAAACUGUUUCAGUAUCCAAGUCUGACUCUUGCAUAAAUAUAAAACCACUGGAUGUGGCUCAGUUUUUACCAUACUCUAACAAUAAAGCAUCAUAUGGCUGGCCCACAGUUAACAAUACCAGUGCUAGUCAGAUUCAUUCCAGCAAGAUUGUGAAGGCUCAUGAAAAUUCUAAUUUUCAUGAAGGUGAUAAAGCUGAAGUGGAAAAUUCAUCAGAGGUUUCUAAUAAAGACUAUUAUUCUGCAAAUCAAACAGAAACUAACUCUUCCUCAGUUUUUUCAAAGGAAAAGGUUGGAGAUGUUGUGAUAAAAUAUGCAAAGUUACAAGAAAAUGAGAAUGUUGUUAAAGUGGAAGUUGAGGAUAAAGACUUUUCUGCUGAAAUACCAGAUUCUCAAGGCUCCGUAGAUGAUAUACCAGAUUCACAGGAGUCCACAGAAAAAGAAUCUUUAAACGAUUCCUUAACCAAUAUCCAGUGGUUGGGAGGGAUGCAGCUGAAGGAAGAUGGAAAACCACAACUGCCUGCCACUCAGAACAAAAAAGACACUGCUAUACAAUGGAGAUGCCUAAGUCAUUCAGAAGUUCUAAAAAUUGCCAAGGAGUAUGGGAGGGCAAAGAGACCUCCAUUUUCUUACAUGACUUUGAUCCAGAUGGCCUUGAAUAGCAGAGAGGACAAGCGGAAGACCUUGCGUGAAAUAUGCAAAUGGAUUGAGGAAAUCUUCCCUUAUUACAAGUAUACAGCAAAACCUGGUUGGAAGAAUUCCAUUAGACACAAUCUGUCCCUGUACAGUAUAUUUGAAAGAGAGAAGUCAAAGAAACAUGGCUCCUACUGGACAAUACGUGAAGACUGUCCAGAAAAAUCUAAAGUGGUUCCAUCCAAGGAGAAGAAAGAUGUCCCAACCUCUCUCUCCAAUUAUCCUGUGUUCCUUCCACAUCAAGCACCAAGGAUCCCCAAACUACCAAUCCCACCCCAUCACAAGAACAACCUGGAUGGCCUGAAAAGAAGUCUUCAGCCAAUAUUACCCCGCCCACAUUCCUAUGGAUCACCUCUGCAGACUUUUGCUCUUAUCCCUAUACAGAGCAUGAACCAACCCCAGGGGAUGUCCAGCACCCAGGGGCAACCCAUGCUGAUCCAGGUGCCAUCCAAUCCCCCACCAUUAUCCCAGGACAUUAAAAAAGAAUCAGGUAAUGCAUCUCUAAAUACAGAGAAAGGUGAUAAGAAAAUUGAACACAAUAAGAAAAAGGUUAUCACCAUUGCUCCAAAAAUUUCUUCACCAAACAUUGUUGAGCAAGCAUGGAUAAAUGCUCAAUCCCUCAGUGACAAUGAGAAGAGAACAGAAAUUAUUGGUAACACAGACACAGUUGCUGAUUUAAGUGCCAAACGAAAGAAACAGAACAAUGGGCUACCCAAGCCUAGAAUCUACCCCCAGUCUAGUCCACAGAAAAAGCAACGGUCUCGCAGAAAACAAAAACUAGUUCCUAAAGAACGUGACUUGUUAAAUGACAGCUCUGACGACAAUGAGGAUGAUGUGAAAAAAUUCAUAAAUAAACUGGAACAAGAUUUACCUACUCCACUGAGGGCAAUCCUAGAUAGCAAUGAGCCAGACAAAGUAACAACAUCAACCCCGAUGAAGAAUACCACUGGUUCCCCUGAACUGCCCUCUCCCAUUAAGGGGAUCACUCCUCUCAAGGGAGUCAGCUUGCUGGAUUCCAGUUUUUUGGAUGGCUUCAAAGAUUUGGAAGAUGGCAAAAAUCCUUUUGGUUCACCAAACUUUAUGUUAAGUAUGAAGAAAAUGUCCCCUUCUCUUAUGUGUAGUCCCAGUGCAUCUCAGUUUGACAAUCUGUUUUCAGGAUUGACUCCAAUAAAAGGAGAUUUGAACUCUAGUAACAAUGAGAAUUUAUCCAGAAUAUUAAGUGAAUUUCCCUUAGAUGGAAUUGAAUCUGAAGAUGAAAUGUUAACUAAUAAUCUUUCAAAUAUGAAUUGGAGUGCAAUAUGUCAGAAUAUCAACUCAACACCAAGUGGAAAGAAUUAGAUGUAGUGUCGUAAGGUGUUUGACUGUUUGUGUUAAUAUGUGGCAAGUUUAUCAAUAUGUAGAUUAAGUGUGAAUGUGUUCAGUGGCAUUAUUGCCUUAAGUGUGUAGUUGAUUCUAAAGCCAUGUACUGUCAUAUCUGAAAAUGUAAAAUUGCUCAAUUGUUUAAUACCAAAUACUGCUUUUUGUUUCAUCUUGCUUGCAAGGAAAAUUUUCCCCCUAAUGCAUAGUAAGCAAAAAAAACCUAUGAACUUGAUUCAAAUGUUGUGCAUUAUUAUCUUAUUGCUGGGCAGUGAAGUAAAAUCAUAGGCACUUGGAGGUCAAGGAACCGACCAUCCCACCCAGCCACUCCUUUUCCCAAUUUUUUUUCUUGACACCCUUUUUUCAUACAUAAAAUGAGAAAUCAUAGAGACAAAGGGGUUACUUUAUUGAUGACAUGCAUAUUAGAAUACAUGAACGUGAUGAAUAGGAAAAGUAUCAAUCCCAGAUUUAAUAAGAAAAAAUAUUGGAAAGGGGGGGGGGGGUUAAACCAAGGGCCUGUGAGUAAAGUAGUAAUUUAAAAUGAUGUAUAAAUGUACCUGCUAAAAUCUACUUGAUGUCAAUAUUGUCAUUUAAUUUGGUUUCUAUGCCCAAUCAUAUGUUGUUUUGUUUGUAAUCCAAGAAAAUUGAAUAUUUUUUCAUUACUUUUAAUGGUAACAAUUUACCUGUAUAUCAUAUAGGUAAGAUAUAAGUACAGUAAUCCUAGUUAAAGUUUAUUAAGCAUUUGUUGCCAUUAUGUAGGUGUUCAAUUUUAUUUCCACUACUUUCUAUAGAUUUAAACUUAAAUAUCACUUGUGUUUUGGGGUAUAAUAGUUAAGCAGAUAAUUGGGUAGUUGAAAAAAAUGAUUCCAAUAAUACCACAGUGAGUGAUUUUGCAUAUUAUAUAUGUAAAAAUCAUUAUAUAUGUUCAGGUCCCUAAAAGAAAUAUGUUCAGGUGUACAUGUAAAUAUAAAUUUCAAUAUGUAAUAGGUUUAAAAUGAAAUAUAAAAUCUUUACUUGAGCAUAAAUAUGGAAUAUGCAUGGCAUUAAAGUAAUACUUGAUAUCACGAUUACUUAACUUAAUGGAACUCUUUUGCAGUGAAGUUAGGAAACGCCUGCUAGCUGGGGGCAAUUUGCUGUUGCAUACAACGCGAGAUUGAGCAUUGUGGAUUUUUAAAGGGCAGAUUUAAAAAAAAAAAAAAAAAAAAAAAAAAAAAAGUCCUGGUGAAAUAUCUUGUGGAACAUUCGCUGAACCAUGCUAAUAAAACUUAAGAGAAGCUAGUCCUCUUGUUUUACAUUUUUAUUGAAACUUUUCACUAGGCCAACUCUUCUAAUUAAAUUCAACUAUUUUUUUUCUGAUAAUCUUUACUUUUGGAAGCUGAUUAAAAAAAAAACUCUAAACAUUCCAAAUUAGACAACCUACUAUUUAAAGUUCAAUUCAAACUUUGCAAUACAUUGUACUUUAGGCAUACUAAUUGUUCGAAUCAUUCAUUAGCAUAAGCAAUGUUAUGCCCCGGAAAUCUCGUGAGAUUUAGAGUUUCCCUGACUUUGCUGCAAAAGAGUGACAUUAAGUUAGAUAACUGUGACGUGAUCGCGAUACUAAGUAAUACUAUUCUGGAUAUAAUUCACUAUGUUUUUUUAGCUCACUUGAGCUGAAAGCUCAAGUGAGCUUUUCUGAUCACCCAGUCUAGCUGUCUGUGUGUCACUUUUCACAUUUUUGACUUCUUUUAGAGAACCACUGAGCCAAUUUGAACCAAAGUUGGUAUAAAGCAACCUUGGGUGAAACGGAAUAUUAUAUACAGUUAUGGAAUGGGUAUGAGGGAAAUGGCAAAUUUAUUGUUCCUCGAGGGAGGAAACUAUCUCCCAAGGAAGGAAUCAAAGUUGUGCAAUGGAACAAAAGUACAUGUAUAUAGAAAAACAAUCUUUUAAAAAUCUUCUUCUCAAGAACCACUGGAUCAGAAAAGUUGAAACUAAAGUGAAAGCUUCCAGACAUAUUGUAGGUUCUAAAUUGUUCAAAUCAUGGCCCCUGAGGUAGGAUGAAGCCACAAUUGGGAAUCAGUUUUUUAAAUUGGAAUCAAUAGGAAUGUAAGAUUCUUAAUUGUUCAAAUCAUGGCCCCUGGGGAUAGGAUGGGGAUCAAAGUUUUACAAUUGACUAUAUAAGAAAAAAUUUCAUGAAUCCGCACAAGAACCACAAUAGAACAAUUAAUUUGAAAACAUUUCCAAGUUGUGUGGAUUCAAUUUUUUUUUUCAUAUUAUAUAUGCUGGGUUAGAGUUGGCCUUUGAAUUUAAUUUUACAGAAUGUAUGUACACAGGAAAAGAAUUUUUUUCACCAGAUCACCAAAGCCAUGUUAAUGAUAUUGAUAUUGACGCAUCCCCAUGUGUGGAUUCAGAGACUCCUUAAAGUUAGGAUUGGGUCAUAAUAUGGGGUAUAGCAGAGCUAAAGUAAGCAUCAUGGCCCAUGGGCCUUUUGUAUUGAUUUAUGAUUUUUCUGUCCUAAAUGUAUAGGAUGUCUUAUCAUAUUUAAAAUAUAUAUCAAACUUGAAAACAUUUAUAGUCUGUAUAAAAUAUUCCUUGAAACUCUAAGAACUUUAGCCAUAUCAUUGUACAUGUGCUUUUAAUUUAUAAGUUUUCCUGUUUUGAAAAAAAAAAUGUUUAUACAGUAAACUUGUCAGAUCCGGACACCAAAGGUUCCAAAGAAAUUUUACAACAUUCUGUGUUAGAUAAAAAUUUAAACAACUGAAUUUACGAACAGGGGCUAACAGUUUCCAUCAUUUUGGAAUACACAACAUAGGAAUUAGAUAAGUUUUACUGUACUGAGUAAACGAGUGUUAGAGAAGAUAGAUUUUGUCUGAAAUGAUUGUGUUGUUUUGUGACGGAGUGAAUUGUUGAUGACUGAUUUGUUUGUUAUCUUACUGUGUACAUGUUAGAGAUAAGAAACAGUGAUAAAUGAAACAAAACAAAAAAAAGUGUGAAAUAAACAUGUGAUCAGCAUUGUCGACUCUCUUUUAAAUAUGCAUUAGACCUUUG